AUGGCGAAACCGGUCGAUGAGAAGAACGUCUCUGAUAUGGAGAGCAAGCAUGUUGAAGAGUCUGGAAGUCAGGUAACGGGCGAGACGCCAGAGUUGAUUGCUGAGACAGACGAGGACGACUUCCACUUUGGCUUCACCCAAUUUUUUGCUAUUUUCAAUACUUUGCCAAUCACAUCCACCUCGGCCAUCCUUUUGCCCAUCAAGGCCGACAUUGGUCCCUCUUCGCAGUAUACGUGGGUGGCAAACGCGCAAAAGGUCGGGUCAGCUGCUCUGGCACCCUUCACUGGGAGACUUAGCGACAUUUUCGGCCGCAGAUACGUCUUUAUGCUCGGGAGUCUCUUUUCCCUUCUCGGCAAUGUGCUUUGUGCAACGGCCAAAAAGGUCAAUAUUGCCAUUUGUGGCGGUGUCUUCAUCGGGUGUGCGAUUGCAUGUCAUCAACUUGGAUGGACAGCAAUUUCCGAAGUCGGACGGUGUGGCAACAACGUUCGUUCUCUUCUAGUCGAUUUUAUUCCGCAAAUUCAAACAGAGUCGUAUUAUACUGCCGGGUUGGUGGCAGCUCUAAUCAUUGCUUCAGGCGCGCAAGCUAUCGUCAGUCCUGGCUCUAACGUAGUCUCGACAAUUCUUGUCGUCAUUGUCAACACCAUGGUCGGCGCCUGCGUUUUAGGCACUCCUCUAAUGCUGUACCUCAGGGUCAGGCACGAAUAUCUCAGGGUUGUGACUUCCAUCUUAACCUCGAGCCGCUCAGUUGGUGAAUCGAUCGCGACCGCAAUCUAUGCAACCAUGCUCACGAAUGAGAUCACAAAGAAUCUGGCCAAUAUUGUCGCACAUGAGUUCGUCAUGGCAGGUCUGCCUUUGGCCAAUAUCACCGGGGUCAUCACAACACUCGUUGCAGGUGACCCUACUGCACCCGCCCUUCAAGCCAUGCCACCAUCUCUCCUGAAAGACGCCGAGCAUACGACAAAGAAAGCCUGGGCGAAAUCGUUCCGGGUAGUGUACCUGAUCAGUAUUGCCUUCGGUAUCCUUGGGACAUCCUGUGCGGCUUUCUCUCGCGACGUGUACUCACUUUACACGAUCAAGGUGGACGUUCAGCUGGAUACAGCACGCCUGCAUGCACAAGGCCACCACGAGCAACAUCCAGCAACUUGCGAUGAACUGCCUAUAGUUACUGUUACAUAG